AUGACUGAAGACCUAUACUUCUGUUAUGAGUCUGUGAAUAAGUCUUGCCCAAAGAUCAUCUAUCCACCAAUGAUACGGGUUAUGCUGCAUAUUUUCUUUGUAGUCAUUAUUGUUAUAACUCUGUUUGGAAACCUCCUUGUCAUCAUUUCCAUUGCUCACUUCAAACAGCUGCACACUCCAACAAACUACCUCAUCCUCUCACUGGCAGUGACUGACUUCCUAAUGGGAGGCUUCAUCUUGCCUCCUUACAUGGUGCAAAUUAUUGAAACAUGUUGGUAUUUUGGUGAUAUGUUCUAUCGAUAUUAUGCAGUUUGUCAGCCCCUACACUACCGGACCAAGAUUACCACUUAUGCCGCAGGGACAAUGAUCCUGAUCAUUUGGAGUGUGGCUGCCUUUGUUGGGUUUGGGAUGGAAUUCCUGGGACUGGAAAUUUUGGGGAAAGAAGAUUAUUAUUAUGAAAAUGUUGCUUGUGUAGGAGGCUGUGUUCUGUUUCAGACUGAAACAGCAAGUACAAUAUCUUGCAUUAUCUGUUUUUAUAUGCCUGCGUUAAUUAUGUUGCUUAUGUAUCAGAAAAUCUUCCAUGUUGCGCAGAAGCAAGCCCGGUCUAUUCACAGCAUUGCCUGUAACAAUAUGCACUCUGAAAACAGCACAUCAAGCAAAAUGGAGCGUAAGGCUACAAAGACCCUGGCAAUUGUUAUGGGGAUAUUUUUGUCAUGCUCUACACCCUUUUAUGUGUGUAACCUAAUUAAUCCAUUCAUUAAUUAUUCCAUUCCACCUGUUUUAAUUGAAACACUUUUCUGUAUUACCUAUUUAAAUUCAACAUGCAAUCCUAUCAUUUAUGCUUUCUAUUACAGUUGGUUUCGGAAAGCAUUCAAAAUUAUUUUUGUUGGUGAAAUAUUUCAAGCUCAUUCCUCAGCAGUAAAACUGUCCACAGAUUGA